UGAUUCACUGUAGAUGUUCCAGGUGUUUUUCUUUCCCUUCAAAGCGAAGGAUAAGAAAGCGGCCUCGAGUCCUGACGUUGUUAAGUCUGCCCGAGGAUGUUCUGUUCCAUGUUCUGAAAGGCCUUCCUGAUGAGGACAUCCUCUCGGUCAGAGCUGUGCACUCGCAUCUUAAGUACCUUGUGGAUAAUCAUGCUAGUGUUUGGGCAUGUGCAAGUUUCCAAGAAAUAUGGCCUUCUCCAAACAAUCUGAAGAUGUUUGAAAGGGCUGCGGAAAGGGGCAACUUUGAAGCUGCUGUGAAGCUGGGGAUAGCAUACCUGUACAAUGAAGGCUUGUCCAUAUCAGACGAGGGUCGUGCAGAAGUGAAUGGAUUAAAGGCAUCUCAUUUCUUCAGUCUGGCAGAGCGUUUGAAUGUGUGCGCAGCCCCGUUUAUCUGGCUUUUUAUCCGUCCUCCCUGGUCCUUGAGCGGAAGCUGUUGUAAAGCUGUGGUCUAUGAGAGUCUCAAAGCGGAGUGUCAGCUGGAGAAAGCUCAAAAAGGAUCUAUUCUCCACUGCUUGGCUAAGGUCUUGAGUCUCUUUGAGGAUGAAGAAAAAAGAAAAGAAUCCCUUGAAAUGUUUGAAGAAUCUUCAAAGCAGGGUUGUUUAAACAGCUCCUACCUCCUUUGGGAAAGUAACAGAAAGGCUGCUAUGUCAGACCCUGGCAGGUACCUCCAAAGUCUCAGGAAGCUACGAGACUACGCAGCAAAGGGCUGCUGGGAAGCACAGAUAGCUUUAGCCAAAGCUUGUGGGAAUGGAAACCAAGUAGGAUUAGAUGCAAAAUCUUCCAGUGAAAUGGUGUCUCACAUCUUUCAAGCUUCCCUUCCUGUCAGCAAGCAAAGUAUCUUCACUGUGCAGAAAGGAAUGAACGAAACAAUGAGGUACAUCCUGAUUGAUUGGCUGGUAGAAGUGGCUACCAUGAAAGACUUUUCUAGCCUGUGCCUUCACAUGACAGUGGGAUGCGUGGAUCGUUAUUUGAAGCUAAGACCUGUACCUCGGGCUCGACUCCAACUUUUGGGGAUAGCCUGCAUGGUCAUUUGCACACGUUUCAUCAGCAAAGAGAUCUUGACAAUACGGGAAGCUGUGUGGCUAACAGACAACACAUACAAAUAUGAAGACUUGGUCAGAAUGAUGGGUGAGAUCAUUUCUGCCCUAGAAGGAAAGAUAAGGAUACCUACCAUUGUGGACUACAAAGAAGUAUUGUCAAAUGUAGUCUUGCUGGAGAGAAGAACGCUUCACCUUUACAGCUUCAUUUGUGAACUGUCACUCUUAAAUACAAGCCUUUGUGUGUAUUCCCCAGCUCGGCUGGCUGCUGCGGCACUGCUGCUGGCUAGGAUACUACACAGGCACGCACACCCCUGGACCAGCCAGCUGUCUGAGUGCACCAGUUUCUCUCUUGAAGACCUGUUGCCCUGUGUGCUAAGCCUCCACCAGAAGUGUUUCCAUGAUGAUGUUCCCAAGGAUUAUAGGCAGGGGUCCUUAACUGCAGUGAAACAACGAUUUGAAGAUGAGCGUUACGAAGAAAUAGGCAAAGAAAAGAUGAUGAGUUACAGCCAGCUCUGUUCAUUGUUGGGUGUGAAGCAGGAGGACCCGGAGCCCAGCCCCUUGCACACAAACGUGGUGGAAAUUCAGACUUUCCUUAGCUCUCCCUGUGGAAAGAGAACUAAAAGGAGGAGGGAAGACAGCAUCCAGGAUGACAGAGGCAGCUUUGUGACCACGCCCACAGCAGAGCUAUCCACCCAGGAAGAAAGUCUUCUAGAUAACUUCCUAGACUGGAGUUUAGAUUCCUGCUCUGGUUAUGAAGGUGAUCAGGAAAGUGAAGGCGAGAGAGAUGGAGAUGUGACAAGUCCCAGUGGGAUCUUGGACGUGACAGUGGUCUAUAUGGACCCUGCGGAGCACUGCUGCCAGGACUCCAGCGAUGAAGACAAUCUGGCUGUGGAGUGGGCUGGGCACGCGGAACCACUGCGGGAGGCGACGCUGCCGGAUGACGCUCGCAGCCUUUCAGCAUAUCUCACCCCAAGAAAUCCUAACCUGGAAGGGAGCUCAGGGUACUCCUCUGUCAACAGUGCCAGUCCUACAUCUUCUGUAGAAGGCAGCCUUGGAGUACCUCUCAAACCUACCUCAGCACUGUCUCGUGGCGGUGCCCUGAACAAGGAGCCAGGCCUGCCUCAUUACCUGGAGUCCUGUUUACAGUCAGUCUGUGCUAGGCCUAGCGAUGGCAAGUGUGACAGAAGGCAAGUCAAGCGAAAAAAUGUGGCAGAACACAGUGAAGAAAGGGUGAACUUGGGCUUCUUAAGCCUCUGA